UCCGCCCCCCCCCCCCCCAACCCUCCUUCGUUGACCUCUCCACCGCAGCUCAAAUCCCCCAUCACCGACUCCAGAUCGCUGCUACUCGCUCCUCUUUCCGUUCACUCCAAGAUCUACUUCAAUCUCCUCCGCGCAUCGCUCAUUCCAACCUCUACUCGCUCAAAUCCUCUUCAGAUCUGGGGGGUUUGAUUGCGCUUUUCAUUCUGUUGCUCGGAUUCCUUCGUUCGAAAUGUCGAUUUUACCGAAAGGCGAUUCGGUUCAAAUCAGAGAGGUAUGGAACGACAACCUCGAGGAGGAGUUCGCGUUGAUCCGCGGAAUUGUGGACGAGUACAACUACGUGGCCAUGGAUACCGAGUUCCCCGGCGUGGUUCUCCGUCCGGUGGGGAAUUUCAAGAACAUCAACGACUACAACUACCAGACGCUGAAGGACAACGUGGACAUGCUGAAGCUGAUCCAGUUAGGCCUCACGUUCUCCGACGCGCACGGGAACCUCCCUUCCUGCGGCACGGAGAGUCCCUGCAUCUGGCAAUUCAACUUCCGCGAGUUCAACAUCAGCGAGGACAUCUUCGCGAGCGACUCGAUCGAGUUGUUGCGCCAGGGCGGGAUCGACUUCAAGAAGAACAGCGAGAAAGGGAUCGACGUGAACCGGUUCGGGGAGCUUCUGAUGUCGUCGGGGAUUGUGUUGAACGAGGCCGUGCAUUGGGUGACGUUCCACAGCGGCUACGAUUUCGGUUACCUCCUGAAGCUGUUGACAUGCCGGAGCUUGCCGGAGACGCAGGCCGGGUUCUUUGAACUGAUCAAGAUUUAUUUUCCGAUGGUUUAUGAUAUUAAGCACUUGAUGAAGUUCUGCAACAGCCUCCACGGUGGUUUGAACAAGCUUGCGGAGUUGUUGGAGGUGGAGAGGGUUGGUGUGUGCCAUCAGGCUGGCUCUGAUAGUUUACUCACUGCGUGUACAUUUAGGAAGUUGAGGGACACGUUCUUCAAUGGGUCGACGGAGAAGUAUUCUGGUGUGUUGUAUGGUUUAGGUGUUGAAGGUGGACAGACUAAUUGAAAGAAAAAAAGAAGAAUAUAAUUGGUUGUAGAGUACUUCUAAGUGUGAGUCUUUUUACUUGUGUACACUUCUGCCAAAAAUGGUUGUUGUUUACUUGUAACAUUUUCAUCCUUGCUUGAACUGUAACAACUCAAACCCUAGCUGGUUUUGUUAGCUUGAGUUCUUUGUAAAUCAUCACUUCAGUUUAGUGCUUCAAAUUUCAAUAAUAAUUUAUGAUGAUUCCUUUA